CGUGUGCUACUGCAUGCGACUCUGGUGUACAGACCACUGUCAGAUGGUAUUUUGUGACUCAAAAAGGACUUUAAAAUGCCUAUGAAAGGAAGGUUUCCCAUCAGGAGGACUCUGGAGUACCUCCAGAAGGGCGACAUCAUCUUUAAAAACAGAGUGAAGAUCAUGACGGUCAAUUACAACACACAUGGAGAGCUCAGCGAAGGAGCAAGAAAGUUUGUGUUCUUCAAUAUUCCUCAGAUUCAGUACAAAAACCAGUGGCUCCAAAUAAUGAUGUUCAAAAAUAUGACGCCAUCACCAUUCUUGAAGUUUUACCUGGACGACGGGGAGCAAGUUGUGGUGGAUGUGGAAGGGAAGGACCACAAGCAAAUUUCACAACAUGUGAAGAAGAUUUUAGGCAAAUCAGAAGAAGUGUUACAAGCUGAGGCCCUAGCCAGGAUGCAGUUCUCUAACCCCGCCAACUUUGGGCCCAAAAAGUACUGUCUGAAGGAGUGUAUCUGUGAGGUGGAGGGCCAGGUGCCGUGUCCUGGCACCAAGCCGCUCCCCAAGGAGAUGACGGGCAAAUAUCGUGCCCAGAUGGCAGCGUCACAGGAGUGAGAGCCCGAGAAGGAGAGAUUAUUGUAUAAUCACUGGACAAUAUGGUGUUAUGUUGUUAUGUUUGAUUUUUUACAGUUACAUAAAAGGACUGCUGCAUUGCAUAUUUUGUUGUGAAUAUGUGCAACUGAACUGGUCCCACCAUGCUGUGUGCAUUGUGAGAUCGUCACCUGCUGGACCGAGACUUUCCAGUCCAACGAAAGCAGCAGGAACCAACCAACACGUAACAUUAUUUGGACCAGGUGUGGAAAUUAUUUUAUUUUGUUCAGCUGCCACUGUGGCUGCUUGAUUCCAAAAUCUAACAGCCACUGAAUAGAUAAAGAUUGUUGGGAGUUUUUUGGCUGGUGAGUGAAGAGAAUCUAGCAGCCACUUGCAUGUUUUACCAGGAUUUGGCUGGUGGCUAUAAAUUUCCAACCCUGGUUUGGACAGUCAAUUCUCUGAGUGCUCCUAACUUAGCUUCAAAAAAUUGAGCGAGGAGUCCUAGCUUAGGAGUGAUUUAGGAAAAUUCUCAGAGCAACUCUGUGUGAGGAAGGGACAGAAACUUUUACCUUACUGAGGAGGUGUGGUUGACCCUACUGUUAGGUAUGAUGCAUCCCUUUAACAGAUGUGAUUGGUUGUCCUUUUAUGAGCCUGUGUUUUUCCAGGUCUAAAAUAUCUUGCUAUCACUUUCAAGUGUUCAUUACUGCGUUGGUUGGGAGAUGUGUGAAAAUCUUUAAUGAGAUCAACCACAAACUUCCUUCCUGCACCAACUUAUCUGUAGCAUUUCAUAAACACACUGUCAUUCAGCCUUUGGAGAGUAUUUCUCCUACUUCUUUUCCUUUUCACCAUUUUCUCCCCUCCUUAAAAGUCCUCCUCCCUACUCCACAGUUUUUCACCUUGGGAGCUCUCUAAAGGGUUAAGAUGGUUUGUGAAUAACUUAUCUGUAUAAGGAUUUAGUCUUAACUCUAAGGGGAAAAUUCAUAGAACACGAUUUUUCUUAGAAUUUCAUCACCUGGGGCAACUCUUUGUACGAGAAAGCUUCGUGAAUAUGACCUCACGUGUUUGUACCGGAUGUGGCCUGGUUGUAGAAUUCACACACCCAGCACAGUGGUUUGUGCAUGGAUAAUAUGUGUGGUUGAUGUCAUUAGGGAUCACUUUUCCCAACUUACGCUAUGACACCAGAAAUAAAAUGAUUACAACACUAAGAUACUUGGAAAACUGGAAAAAUGCAGCAGUGAUGACACACUAACAGUGACAACACUUUCACAGUCUGCAGUUCAUUUCAUUUCCACUGGGCGUCCAAACCUUGCAGGCUCACCAAAGGGCGUGGCACUGACAACCAAUCACAUCUGUUAAAAGAAUCCAUCAUACCGAGCACCGGGAUCAACCACACCUCCUCACUAAGAUGAAAGUUUAUGUCUCUUUCUUGCUCAGGGUUACGACUCCUUACUAGAAUUUUUUAGGGCUAAGUUAGGAGCUAGGAGAGCAUUCUCAGAAUCUUUGCCUGAAUAUUAAGUAACCACAAUAUUUUUUAUGUGAGAGGCAGAAUCAAGUUAAGAUUAAACACAUGGUUGUCAGAUUUAUGACAAGAAACAUUUUACAGAGACAACUUUUUUUAUUGGUGCUGAGAUGGAAUUUCAUAACGUUAAUAAAUCGAUGUCUGUGUUUAAAA